GAAAAGAAGCUCUACCUCGGACUAGGGGUCCUUCAAUUGCUGUUCCCAAUGUUGUGGUUAAUUCUUUAAAAGCUAAGUAUUGAGGGAUCCUGUCGUAAAUGCCCCUAGAAGUAGUCCAAGAAAAUGACCACUUUUUCUGCUUCGGAGGAUUUCAGCGUCCCGCGUCCGCGUGAGUUGUGUCUGUUUCUUGAAGGAAUCAACCAAUCCAAACAGCAGUUUGACGUUAUUAUUGUUUGAUCCCGCAUAUUUCCAAUCAUUCUCCAGGAUAAUGGUUCCCCAAAAUCCUGGGCAUAAUUUUCCUGUAGAUUGAACUACAUUAAUUUUUUUUAAAAAAGCUUUGUUUGAACAAAUCCCCCCUUCUUAUAGCAUCGGUUUUCUCUUCAAAAUCUGAUAUUUGGUGGGGGGGAAAGAUCCCAACUUUUCCGGCAAAAAAUGGCGUCCCACGAAGAACAACAGAAAGAAACCAUCUUCUCAUCGUCGUCAUCCUCUUCUUCUUCUGAUCAAUCUUCUAUAUUAGAACUUCGUGACAAGCAUCAGAAGGAGCUGGAGAACCUGACAUUGAUGAUACAGCCACUGAAGACAUUUAAGUUCUUUGUUCUUGCUGUUGUUAAUUGCCUUCAGCAACCAAUACUUUACAUUUCUGCCAAGAGAAGUUGGUUUGUCCUCAUAAGUAUCCUUGCCGUGGGUGGUGGAGUAUUGAUCAGAACCCUUUGGAGGCCAGAUGAAGAGUAUGUUCUGGAAAUUGGCAAGUAUCUCGAGUAUGGAAUCUGGUGGUUGGCUCUGGGUGUGGCAUCAUCAAUUGGUCUUGGGUCUGGUUUGCACACCUUUGUUUUGUACUUGGGUCCUCACAUUGCAUUGUUUACAAUGAAGUCUGUGCAAUGUGGACGGUUUGACAUAAAAAGCGCUUUAUAUGAUACAAUCCAGUUCAGAAGGGGUCCUUCAUGGCUGGAUACUGAUUGCUCAACAUAUGGACCCUCACUGUUCCCGUUACCUGGUUCACGGGUUCCAUUGACCAGCAUAUUGCAUCAGGUUGAACUGGAGGCUAUGCUAUGGGGAGUUGGGACUGCACUUGGAGAGCUUCCCCCAUAUUUCAUUUCUAGAGCAGCAUAUAUAUCUGGUAGGAAGCUUGAAGUCAUGGAAGAUGUGAAUGCUUCUUCAGAAGGAGAUUGUGGAAUUGUUGCAAAUCAUCUAAGUCAAGUGAAGAAGUGCUUCCUUUUGUACUCAAAACAUUUGAACUUCUUCACAAUUUUGGUUCUUGCUUCGGUGCCAAAUCCUCUGUUUGAUCUAGCCGGUAUAAUGUGUGGACAACUUGGUAUCCCGUUCUGGAAAUUUUUUACUGCAACCCUGCUUGGAAAGGCAAUAAUUAAGACUAACAUUCAGACAUGUUUUAUAAUCUCAGUUUGUAACAAUCAACUUUUGGACUUGAUUGAAACUAAAUUAAUUUGGUUUCUGGGCCUUGUCCCUGGAGUUGCUUCUGUCUUGCCCAACAUUGUGGCGAAGUUGCAUUUUGUCAGAGAAAAAUAUAUGGAAGCCUCUCCUCUCACUCCCUCCAAUGCCAAGGUGAAGAAGUGGAAUAUUUCCUUGGCUUCAUUUUGGAACUCUGUUGUACUGCUCAUUCUUUUGAAUUUUUUGGUCAAAAUUAUAAAUGGAACAGCCCAGAGUCAUAUGAAGGAACAACAUGACAAGGAAAUGGCUCAGCUGGAAACCAAUUGAGGUAUUUAAAGACCUUGAGGAAAAAUUAGGAGCCUACAGUUUGCUGUAGUUUUAGCUUUGCUAUAUCAAUUAUAGGUUCAUGAUUUGAACCAAUAUAGAACUCUACCAAUGUACAGAUUCGUUGCACAAUAUCUACCAUUAGUAGAGGCUAUAAUUUGAUUGACUGCCUCGUCCUGUAUAUUCCACAGAUGUAAACAAUAGGGCAAUGAUUGGAAGUUGGAACGUCUGAUUAAUUCUCUUUUGGGCUGUCAAGCUACAUUCAAUUCAGUUGCCAAUGUGUAUAGGAUAAUCUGUACUUUGACAUCGUUACUUAAUACUGUCAUGCCCUUUUGUUGUGUGGAUGCGUAAGACGGAACUAUUUUACCUUCUGUGGCUCAGAAAUUUUCACUACUAGCAACAUUGCCUGGUA